ACAGAUUUAUAUAAUUGUGCCAGUUGGUCUAGAGGCAGGCCUACAGCAAAGAGACAGGAACAAUACUUUCUCUUUGAGCAGCAGGCACCUCCCUGCCUCCAGAGUUCUUGUUCUUCAACCAUGUGGCUCUGUGCCCUGGUCUGGGCUUCUCUUGCUGUUUGCACAGUUAGGGCAGGGCACCCGUCCUCACCACCCAUAGUGAACACUGUUCAUGGCAAAGUCUUGGGGAAGUACGUCAGCUUAGAAGGAUUCGCACAGCCUGUGGCCGUCUUCCUGGGAGUCCCCUUUGCCAAGCCUCCUCUUGGAUCUCUGAGGUUUGCUCCACCACAGCCUGCAGAGCCCUGGAGCUUCGUGAAGAAUGCCACCUCCUACCCGCCUAUGUGCUCCCAGGAUGCAGUUGGCGGGCAGGUGCUCUCGGAGCUUUUCACCAACAGGAAGGAGAGCAUUCCUCUCAAGUUUUCCGAAGACUGUCUCUACCUGAAUAUAUACACCCCGGCCGACUUGAGAAAAAACAUCCGAUUGCCUGUGAUGGUGUGGAUCCAUGGAGGUGGACUGAUGGUAGGUGGGGCAUCAACAUAUGAUGGACUAGCUCUCUCUGCCCAUGAAGACGUGGUGGUGGUAACGAUUCAAUAUCGCCUUGGUAUUUGGGGAUUACUCAGCACAGGCGAUGAACACAGCCCUGGGAACUGGGGUCACUUGGAUCAGGUGGCUGCACUACACUGGGUCCAGGAUAACAUUGCAAACUUCGGAGGGAACCCAGGUUCUGUGACCAUAUUUGGAGAAUCAGCAGGAGGUGUGAGUGUCUCUGUUCUUGUGCUGUCUCCUCUGGCCAAGAACCUCUUCCACAGAGCCAUUUCCGAGAGUGGUGUGAUCCUCAGUGAUGGUCUGGUCAAGAAGAACACCCGGUCUGUGACUGAACUAAUUGCUACUGUUUCUGGGUGUAAAACCACCACCUCAGCUGUCAUGGUUCACUGCCUGCGCCAGAAGACAGAGAAUGAACUCUUGGGGAUCGCACUGAAUUUGAAUCCUUUAGAGUCAGAUGACGAUGGAGACCACGGAGAGGAAAGUAACUCCCUGACCACUGUGGUUGAUGGAGUUUUCCUGCCAAAAACACCAAAAGAGAUCCUGGCUGAGAAGAACUUCAACACUGUCCCCUACAUGGUGGGCAUCAACAAGCAAGAGUUUGGCUGGAUCAUCCCAAUGAUGAUGGGUGAGCUAUUCUCUGAAGACAAAAUGGAUGAGAAAACAGCCAGCUCCCUCCUGUGGAAGUUCCGCUCUGCCCUUAACAUCUCUGAGAAUAUGAUUCCCGCAGUCACUGAGAAGUAUUUGGGACAAACAGACGACCCUGUCAAAAAGAAAGACCGUCUCCUGGACUUGUUUGGAGAUGUAAUUUUUGGUAUCCCAUCUGUUCUCAUGGCCCGUGGCCUCAGAGAUGCCGGAGUUCCUACCUACAUGUAUGAAUUUCAGUACCGCCCAAGCUUCAUAUCUGGCACGAGACCCAAGACGGUGAUGGGAGAUCACGGUGAUGAAAUAUUCUCUGUAUUGGGGGCUCCAUUUUUAAAAGAGGGCGCCUCAGAAGAGGAGACCAAGCUCAGCAAGAUGGUGAUGAAAUUCUGGGCCAACUUUGCACGCAAUGGGAACCCCAAUGGGAAGGAGUUACCACACUGGCCAGGAUAUGACCUGAAGGAAGGGUACCUGCAGAUUGGAGCCACCACCCAACAAGCCCAGAGACUGAAAGGGGAGGAAGUGGCUUUCUGGUCUGAGCUCCUGGCUAAGAAGUCACCUCAGACAGUACACACUGAGCUAUGAAUGGGCUCUCUGCCAGUCUCAGGACCAAAAGAGCCAAGAUGGGACUAUUCUACAAAAGAUGU